AUGUUGAUUACUAGUUCAGAAGAUUAUCUUCGUAAGGAUGUAAAAUUUGCGCGAGAUCCUAUACUAACUACAAUAAAUUUUUAUAAAGAACCACUAACUGCAGGUAAAUGGGCACUCCUUUUCUUUACUCUAUCAUUUGAUUCCAAAUAUUAUGAUUCUGGAUACAAUACUUUUGAUUAUAUCAUUUCUUCAACUCAAAAUGAAAACGACAAUGUCUUUACAGACAACUCACAACUCGUUAAAAACAUAAAUGAUAACACUUACUUAUUCAUUCCAAAUACUCUGACAGAUGGAACCUAUUACAUUAUUGCUAGGGGUCAUUAUGUUGAUGGAUCUAAUGAAAAAGUAUCCAAUAUAUUAUCUAAGAGUGUAACAGUCAAGCGAUCUUCAAUGAAAAACGAAAUCAAUGCAGAAUUAGAUCAAUCUAAAAGAGUAUUAAGAUACAAUGACAGAGUCGAUUUAAAGUUUACUUUUGACAUUUCAAUUCCAUAUGCUAGAAUAUUAUUUAAAGUAGGAGACUAUACAACGGAAAUUUCGGACUACAAUUUAGUAGUUGACCUCUUCCAUGGUAAUGAGGAGAGCCCUAGAAUUCAAAUUUCUUAUGAUCAAUCCGAAAUCCAACAUAAACUUUCAUUUGUAUUAAUUGACAAAGAAACAUCAAAUAUUCUAAAUCACACAGAAAUCACUGAUCUGACAAUCAUUCCAAAAUUUGAAAUUGAGGAUAUUCAGUAUGAUAAUCCAAAGUAUGAUCAAUCUAGUUAUUUAGUUCAAAGCCAAGAUGUUGUUUCUGGAACAGUCACUUGCAAGAAUCAAGUAGCUAUUGAACAUUUGUCAAUAAAAUACAGUAAUCAAAUAGGUACUAUUACCGCAAUACCUGGGGAAAGUAAGAAAUUCAAGUUCAAGAUUGAUAUACAAUUUGAAGCUAAUGAAAUGUAUAUAGAUUUAAACUUUAUUCAAAAUAGUGAGACAGUAGAUAAGGAAUUUGGCUUUAGGAUUUUGGAUAUGACCAUAAAUAUCAAUAAAGAUUUACCUUUAUCAGGAACAGUUGCAGGAAGCGUUAAGAUUUCAAAUAAUAUAAAUAGUGAGCAACUUAAAAUAUGUGCUAAAUUUGGGGAAUACGAUUGA